AUGGACCUGGCAGCAGAAAGGGAAGCCUUGAUGGAGAUGGCAUAUCCAGAAGUGCAAGUUUUCUGCCAAAAGCAUGGCUUGAUGUUUGAGGUUAUUGAUUUAAGAUGGGGCACCUUUGAUCAGAUGGAGACUCUCCAUAUGUCUACGCAACUCUCUUUAGAAGAAAUCAAACGCUGCCAGAAACUUUCAGUGAGUUCCAGCUUCAUUGCACUGCUUGGAAACGAUUACGGCCACUGCUCCGCUCCUCUGACCAUUGUGGAACAGGAAUUUGAGGCCAUUAGAGCACAACUCCUGGAAGAGCCCAAGACCUUACAGCUUCUGGCCCAAAGGUACCUGAAGGAUGAGAACGCCAUUCCUCCCGUGUAUGUUCUGCAACAAUCAUCUCAGGCAAACCCAGAUGGCGCGGAGGAAGACUUGCUCUUGAUCCUCCGUAGGGCCGCCUGCCAAGCAGAAAAGUAUGGGCUCAUCAGCCGGGAGCAAUUGCAGAAUUACCACAAGUCAGAGAUAUUUCAGGAGAUUGAGGCUGGCCUCUUCAGAUCAGGUGAAUGUGAUGGCCAAAGUACCAUGAUAUUCUUCACAGAAGUGGACAUGCCCAUAUCAGAUAGAGCGGACUCACUACUGGGCACAGAUGAUGUUGGAGAUGAGCUGCACCCUGAAGAACCACAACAGUUAGCAGAUCUGAAGGCAAGCAUCGUAAGCAGGUAUCCUGAGCUGAUUAAGGUUCACAGGAUUCCACCUGAGGUAGAACCCAGGUCUUUCCGGCAGAAGCCCUGGCCCAAGUAUUUGAAGGAUUUCUGCGACCAAUUUAUUGCUGCCACCAACCAUCAUGUGCUCAGGAGCCUGAGAUUCCAAGAACAAAAUCUUGGGAAGCCACCUGAGCUGAUUCGAGAGCUCACUCAUCACAUGGCCCUUGGUCAAAAACACAGCCAGGGUUUCUGCUGGCAGCAGGACCUGCUGGGUCUCAUUUGCCAACGCAUUAAACUGAACCACCAUCAGGCCCAUUCCCCACUUGUCAUCUAUGGACCCUCAGGAUGUGGCAAAACAGCCCUGUUGUACCAUUUAGGUGAAGCCAUACAAACCACCUUGGAUCAGGAAACGCUGGUGAUCCUUCGUUUGCUGGGAACUUCACAGGAUAGUUCCACACCUAACAGCCUUCUUCACAGCCUCUGCCAACAAGUUUGCUUAGCUAUGGGCCUCCCUUAUACCAAGCCAGUUGGCAAUCCAGGCCUGCUCUUCCACCACCUGCUUUCUUCAGCUUCUUGCCAGGGCACCCGGUCCUUUGUCCUACUCCUUGAUUCAAUGGAGCAGCUACACACACCUAGAAAUGCUCACAGAGCUUUCUGGUUGCCAAAAAUAUGUCUUCCAAAGACACACAUGAUUCUUACUAUGCUGCAGAAAGAAAGUGAAGUUCUAGAGAAGAUGACUGGGGCUUCAGAGGAUUAUUUUGAGAUGGGGCCUCUUUCUCAAGAGCAAGUGGGGGCAAUUCUCUCCAAAACUUUGGCAUCCACAGGCCGUACACUAAGGCCCACCCAGCAAGAGUUGUUCCUGCAAAGCUUUGCAAAAGGUGGGUAUGCUCUGUCAGUAGCCCUGGCCAUAAGACAAGCCCAGCGUUGGACUUCAUACGUUCAACUUGCAGCACCAGCCAUAUCAUCUACAGUCUCGGAGUUUGCGCAUCGCUUGUGUGACCACCUGGAGAUGGUGCAUGGCUCUGUCUUAGUAGCACAUGUACUUGGCUAUCUUUCCUGUGCCCGACAUGGGCUCUCAGAAGCAGAGCAAAAAGAUAUCUUGUCCCUCGACAAUGAGGUUCUCGCUGAGAUUUAUUGGCUUCAUCCUCCUCCAAGCAAGGCAACCCUCCGCUUUCCACCCCUACUAUGGGCUCACUUAUACCAGGACCUGGCCCAGUGGCUGGAGGACCGGUGGGCGGAUGGCUUUGCGCUGAUGGAUUUUGCCCACAGGGAGUUGGCUGAUGCUGUGGAGCAACGCUACCUGUCUGUGCCAGAGGAAAGGACCAAGCGUCACCUGCUCCUGGCAGAUUACUUCAGGGGAACUUGGAGCUGGGGCAUGAAGAAACCCAUCCAGCUGCCCUCCUCCAACAAGCCUGUGAGCUUUGAUAGGAAGGUGAUUCCUCAACCUCUCUGGUUCUCCGGCAUCGUUACAAACCAGAGGAAAUUGAGUGAACUGCCCUUCCAUUUACUACAGGCAGGUCUAUUUGAGGAAUUGCAAAGAGAUGUUUUGGGGAACAUGAAUUGGAUCAUCUGCAGAGCAACUUCCACUGGCAUAGAGAGCCUGACUGCUGACUUUGCCAUGUGCCUUGCCCAGAUCAACUGCCCAGAGCUGCAUCUCCUGCAAGAGACUUUCCUGCUUCUGCAGCCUCUUGUGGAUAGCAAACGGAUCCACGGAGGAAAACAGGUGCAGGAAGUCAGCGCUUGGCAUCUGGAGACAGCUGUACCCGUUUUCCAGAUCUCUGCUGAGCCUCCAGACCAAUGGCUCUGUGGAACUGUGUUUGUACCAAGGCUGGUGAUUGUGACUGUAUCUGAACGGGGUGUUUUCAGCCUGUGGGACAGCAUCAGUGGACAGCUACACUCCAAGCAGGAACUGAUAGGGCUGGGAGAAGAGACACCAACAUGCAGUAUAUUGCUCCACACACUGGGCAGGAUGGUGGCCGGCUUCAGCAAGGGCUCUCUCUUGAUGAUCUCUUCUGAUGGACACAGCCUGCUGGAAAAGCUCCCAGAAAGGAUCAGCUUUGUGGUGCUUUCAAAAGACGAAUCUCUCCUGGCAACAGGUUUGAGUGAAUAUCCUGCUCCCUUACCCUACAUUGGUUUUGGGCACCGUGUAAGAGUUUUCCUGGGCAACGUGACAGGAUUCCAUCAACUCCUGGCCUCAGAUUUGCUGCAUUCUGCUGAGGUCUGUGCAGCUGCUAUUUCAGCAGACCAUACCACCAUCGUCACAAGUUCCCAGGACGAAUGCAUAUGGGUCUGGUGUCUAGCCAAACAGGGUUUGCUGACAGAUGUUUUGACUGAUACCGGGACGCCUUCUACACACCUGGCUCUCUGGGAUGUUACCCUGGUAUCCGCCUCUUGCCACACAUCUCACCUCAGAGUCUGGGACCUCAGCUGUGAUCGCAAGCACAAACUACUCCCACCUUAUAUGGCAAGCAAGAGCUGCAUCAGGCUUUCCCACAAUGCCAAAUACAUUUACUUUCCCCAAGAUUAUUACAGCUCUAGUGUUGUCAUUUGGGAUACAGAGGCAGGAAAGGAGCAUGAUAAAUUGGAUGCAUCGGCUCCAGUCCAGUGUCUGGAAGUGGCUGAGCAGAAGAAUCUUCUCUUUGUUGGACUGGUUUCUGGAACAGUGCUGGUGUUUCCCUUGGAUUCCAGGCAAGAUGUUGGUUGCAUCCCUCCAUCAGAGAACCAAAAACCCAUUUGCAACUUGGCACUCACUCAGAAUGAAGAUCAGCUGGCAGUUGCCUGUGAUGACCUUGUGCAGGUCCUGGAUCUGCAUCAGGAAAAGAUGGGUCUCUUGAUUGACCGCCCGGCUUACACCUUUUACACACAGAUCCCUGGUGCCACAAUUUCUAACGUGGCUCUUCUGUCUGGAUACCGGGUGCUCUAUGGAAUGACCAAUGGGGAGCUCUUCAUGUACUACUGCUUGGAGGCCCAUGUGUUCCCACUAGAAGCUCAUGGGAACUGCAUCACCUGCCUGAUGACCAGCCAUGGAGAGAAAUGGCUGCUGAGUGGCUCAGAAGAUUCACUGCUGUGUCUCUGGGAUGUCCAGCUCUGCUCCUGGGAGCACCAGAUGUUUUUCCAGAAGCAAGAUUCCUUUUCCCGUGACAUUUUCUGUGCAUGUUUUUCAAUGGAUGACCAGUACCUGUUCAUCAGCUCUUUGGAUCAAUGUAUUACAGUGUGGGAUGUCUCACGAGGGGCCCUCUUAGCAGUUCAGUUUGUGCAUGCAAAAAUUACCAGGAUGGUGUCAACAGCUGAAGGCUUUGUUGCAACAACACAACUUGGCUACCUCAUGCGGGAGAGAUUCCACUGCCCACAGGCCAUCAACUUUUGCCAUGAUAUGCUCAGCAGUGUUAAAGCAACGUACACAGUGAAAUCUCGGCCAAAAGAGAGCCAGAAUCCAGGAGAGAUUCGGGGCAAUCUAAGGAACGCUCCGAGCUGUACCAACAAGCUAUCACAAAUUUGUAGGAUUGUGUGA